AUGGCCAUUCCCUCCGUCCUCAUCAUUGGGGCCGGCAACUUUGGUGCUGCGACUGCGCUCUCUCUCCUCAGAAAGGGCAACGUCAAAGUUACCAUCGUUGACACAGCGCACUACCCCAAUCCCAGAGCCGCCUCUCAUGACAUCAACAAGAUCGUCCGUGACGAUUAUCCGGACAAGCUGUACAUGCGCCUGCUGAAGAAGGCCAUGCCCCUCUGGAGAGAGGACGACUUAUACAAGACAUUCUACCACGAAGUCGGCAUGCUCCGUGCCGAUUCUACCUCGUUUGGUGAAGAGAGUAUCAACUCUUACCGCGAUAUGGGAAUUCCCAACAAGUCGGAACUCUUGCCUGUCGACGAAGUACGCCGUCGUUGGAACGGCGCCUUUGAGACGGCUGACUUCAAGGGAGUGGACAAGGUUCUCUGGAACCCUGACGUAGGGUUCGCAGAAGCGGACAAGGCUCUCGGCGCGAUAGUGCAGGCUGCGGUCGAUCUCGGAGCCGAGUAUGUCGUGGGUGAGGUAACGACAAUUGAGUUUGGGCCCGAAGAUCAAUGCACAGGUGUCGCGCUCAAGGACGGCACAACGCUGCACGCUGACAAGAUUCUUUUGGCUGCGGGUGCUCGAACAGCAUCACUACUUGCACAGAGCGCACCAGAAAAGCCACUGCUCCACGCUGGCGAAAGACUGUUGGCUACAGGUGCUGUGAGCUUCUACGCGAAGCUGCAUGGCGCGCAGAAGGACAAGUUCUCGACAAUUCCUGUUCUCAAGAACUGCUUGCCUCAGGUGAAGGGCGAGGGCAUGUCAAUACUCGAGGACGGAACUAUCAAGUUUAACUGCGACCUAUGUUUUACCAACUACCAGGUAUUUCCGCCGACCGGUGAGGCCAUGUCAGUAGUGCCAGACCAGUCCAUGUACAACACGUGGACGGGACCUCGUUUCCUCAAGUUCUUUGAGGAUCGGGCGCGACGGACAUUUAAUGGUCUCUAUGGCAAGGAAGUUGAGAACGUCAAGAUUGAGGCCUACCGGAUGUGUUGGGACGCAUCAACACCAACGCAUGACUUCCUCAUAUCUCCGCACCCGCAAUGCGACAAGCUCUAUAUCGCGACUGGAGGUUCUUUUCACGGCUGGAAGUUCCUGCCUGUCAUUGGCGACUACGUCGUGGAUAUGAUGCAGGGAUCCCUUGACAGUGACUUAGCGGACCGAUGGGCCUGGGACAAGAAGGGCGGCGACGGCCACUCAGCGAACCCUACAUAUCAGAUUGUCGGGGACCUACAAGACUGGACGCGUGGGUGGGCGAACUAA